AUGGUGUGUGAACCAAUAUUCAAGAAACUCAAGAAGAAUGUACCAGUGGUAUGGGACGAUAAGUGCCAAGAAUCCUUUGACAAGAUCAAAGCCUACCUUGUAAAUCCUCCUGUACUGGCGCCGGCACUACCAGACAUUCCUCUUCGUCUAUACUUGACAGUUACCAAAGAAACAAUGGGGGCUAUGCUUGCACAAGAAGUGGAAGUCCUCGAAACAGCAUUAUCACUAGGAGUCAAAAAGCUUCGAAUAUUCGGAGAUUCAUCCCUUAUCAUCAAUCAAAUUUCCAAGAGGUGGAAGAUAUAUGCCAAUUUGCAGCACGUUCCACCUUCUCUUCUUUACACUUACACAUCUCCAUGGCCAUUCUCAACUUGGGGAAUAAAUAUCAAUGGAAAGAUCACUCCACCCAGAUUAGGAGGCCAUGAAUACAUCCUCGUUACCAUCGAUUAUUUCACCAAAUGGGUUGAAGCGGCAUUGUACGCAAAACUCAAAGCAAAGCAUGUGUUCAUCAAAAGGAACAUCAUACGUAGGUAUGGAGUCCCACAUGAAAUGAUUAAUGACAAUGGUACUCACUUUCAAGCGAAGUGUGAAGACUUACUUAAAAAGUAUGGUAUUCAACAUCAUCACUCUUCUCCACAUAGACCUGAAGCAAAUGGUGCAGUAGAAGCAGCAAAUAAAAAUUUUAAGAUAAUCAUCGAGAAGAUGACAAAAAAUUACAAGGAUUGGCCUGACAAACUCCACUUUUCUCUUUGGGGUUAUCGGACGUCAAUCCGCUCAUCCACAGGAACUACGCCGUUCUCACUAGUAUAUGGAAUGGACGUCGUACAACCUGUAGAGUUAGAAAUACCUUCCUUGCGCAUAGCAUUGUAA